AUAAGAACCAAUAGCCGCCGGAUUUGUUCUUAGCCGUAAACUCUUUCUCCAUAUAUUCCAAGCUUCUUUUCACUCUCAUCUUUGAUCUCUGCUUCAAAAACAAAGCUUCCUCCCCUAGCUAUGUUACUAUAUUUUUAAUUCUUGUUGUUUUUGGUUUUACUUGGUAAACAUGAUGCUCUUAUAUGUUUUUUGUUGAUCAAUUUUAUGAUAGCAAAAAUUGAAGAAAAAUAUUAGUUUGGGUUUUUGUGUUUAUGAGUUUGGGGUGAUAAAAGUUUUGACCUUUCACCCAUUUGGUAGCUUGAAAUUAGCAUAUUUGGAGUUUGUAAAUAUGGAUUUUAGGUGUAUUACAGUGGAAAAGUUAGUAUCCGAUAAUUGAUUUUGGGAAUAUUGUUAAAACUUAAUGAUCAUUUAGGAAUUUAAGAAUGUUAUCUGGAUUGGGUAGGAGACCAAUGGUAGGAAGUGGUGAAGGAUCAUUUGGAGAUAUGGAGUCGGAGAUGGGGUUAUUUUUCAGAGAACAGCGGAGAAAGCAAGACGCUGAUGAUCUCGAACGAGAGCUAAACUUGUAUAGAAGUGGCUCUGCACCUCCUACCGUGGAGGGUUCACUUAGUGCAGUUGGCGGGUUGUUUGGGGGUGGAGCUACUAUUGCUGCUGCUGGUGGUGGUAGUGGGGCUACCGCUUUUUCAGCUCUUGUAGGAGCUAAAAAUGGAAAUGGUUUUGCAUCUGAGGAAGAGCUAAGGUCUGAUCCAGCUUAUCAUUCAUACUAUUACUCAAACGUGAAUCUCAACCCAAGGCUCCCACCUCCUUUACUUUCCAAGGAGGAUUGGAAGUUUGCCCAGAGGUUGAAAGGAGGGAAUUCAGUGAUAGGUGGGAUUGGAGAUAGGAGGAAAGUGAAUCGGUACGAUAAUGGUAUCAGUCGAUCGAUGUUUUCAAUGCCACCAGGGUUUGAUGCCAGGAAACAAGAGAAUAAAGUAGAUGCAGAUAAUGUGCAUAGAUCAGCAAACUGGGGUGGUGAUGGACUGAUUGGUUUGUCUGCUGUAGGACUUGGAAGCAAACAGAAAAGCCUCGCUGAAAUUUUUCAGGCUGAUCUGGGUUACUCUGCUCCUGUUACAAGGAUACCGUCUCGUCCUGGUAGUCGAAAUGCUUUUGAUGAGAACUUUGAGAAUUUAGGUUCUGCUGAAUCUGAUCUGGCUCAUUUACGGCAUGAACUGGCUUCUGCAGAUGCUUUAAGGUCAAGUGUGAGUGUUCAAAGUUCGUCUGCUGUCCAUGCCGUUGCUCCACCUUCUUCAUACACUUAUGCUACUGCAGUAGGGGCUUCCUUGUCUAGGAGUACAACUCCUGAUCCCCAACUUGUUGCUAGGGCUCCCAGUCCUUGUUUGACACCAAUUGGUGGAGGCAGAGUCGGUAACUCGGAUAAAAGAAACAUGAAUAGUCCAAGCACGUUUGGUGGUGUUACAUCUGGUGUCAAUGAGUCUGCAGAUCUGGCAGUUGCUUUAUCAGUUAUGACUCUGUCAUCAAAUGGUGCACCAGAUGUAGAUAAUCAGUUGCCAUCCCAGAGUGAACAAGAUGCUGAAACUCACCAGAAUCAUUUUUUGGGUUUGCAUGAUGGUCAGAAUUAUAUCAAACAGCAGACAUACUUGAAGAAGGCUGAAUCUGGGCAUUUAGAUGUGCCUUCAGGUAAGAGUAAUAGGCAAGCUGAGUUUCAGAAAUCUUCUGCAUCCUCAAACAAUUUUUACUUGAAAGGAUCUCCUACUUCCACUCUCAAUGGCGGAAGCAGCAUACCUACUCAGUUUCUGCAUGGUGGUGCAAAUUCAUCAUUUUCAAACUAUGGAUUAAGUGGCUAUUCUUUAAAUCCUGAUUUGGCCUUUAUGAUGGCUAGCCAACUUGGAACUGGCAAUCUGCCAGGUGCAUCAGCUAUACCAGUCCCUGGAAUGGACUCCAGAGUGUUUGGGGGAAGCUUGGGUUCUGGACAGAACAUUUCAAAUCCUGCAUCUGAGUCACAUAAUCUUGGUAGAGCUGGAGGCCGAAUAGCUGGGAAUGCUGUGCCUGCACCUUAUGUUGAUCCAAUGUAUCUUCAGUAUUUGAGGACAUCUGAUUAUGCUGCAGCACAGCUUGCACCUUUUAAUGAUCCCUCUAUGGAUAGGAACUUCCUUGGUGACUCCUACAUGAACUUGAUUGAGCUGCAAAAGGCAUAUUUCGGGGCUUUGCUAUCACCACAGAAAUCUCAGUAUGGUGUUCCAUUGGGUGCUAAAUCUGGUAGUUCUAAUCUUCAUGGUUUUUAUGAAAAUUCCACAUUUGGAGCUGGCAUGUCAUAUCCUGGAAGCCCCUUAGCAAAUACUAGUAUUCCAAACUCUCCAGUUGGACUUGGCAGUCCGAUCAGAUACAGUGACCUGAAUAUGCGGUUUCCUUCUGGGACAAGGAAUCUUGCUGGGAGUGUCGCUGAAUAUGCAGGAUAUAACCUGUCUGAGAGCUUCGCCUCCUCCCUACUUGAAGAGUUUAAGAGCAAUAAAACAAAAUGUUUUGAACUUUCAGAAAUUUCGGGUCAUGUUGUUGAGUUCAGUGUGGAUCAGUAUGGCAGCCGUUUUAUUCAGCAAAAACUUGAAACAGCUACAACUGAAGAGAUAAAUAUGGUUUAUGAGGAAAUCAUGCCUCAAUCUCUUGCUUUGAUGACUGAUGUGUUUGGUAAUUAUGUCAUUCAAAAGUUUUUUGAACAUGGACUUCCAGCUCAGAGAAGAGAACUUGCUUGCAAGCUUUUAGGUCAAGUUUUAACACUCAGUCUUCAAAUGUAUGGUUGUCGAGUGAUUCAAAAGCAUGUACUGGAGCAUGGAAAACCUCAUGAGCGCUCAAUCAUAAUUAAGGAGCUAGCUGGAAAGAUUGUCCAGAUGAGUCAGCAGAAGUUUGCAUCUAAUGUUGUCGAGAAGUGCUUAACUUUUGGUGGUCCUGCUGAGCGUCAGCUAUUGGUGAAUGAAAUGCUUGGUUCUACUGAUGAGAAUGAGCCUCUUCAGGCAAUGAUGAAAGAUCAGUUUGCGAACUACGUUGUACAGAAAGUGCUAGAGACUUGUGAUGACCAGCAACGGGGGCUGAUCCUUUCUCGAAUUAAGGUCCAUUUAAACGCAUUGAAGAAGUACACUUAUGGGAAGCAUAUUGUUGUGCGUGUAGAGAACUGGUUGUGCUGGAGAAAGGAGAAUUGCUGCUCAGUCUCUGCACCCGUCUUAAGUCGGUAUAGGGACAUGUAAGCUAACAGAAUCUGUGUGUGAAGCUUUCCCCUUGCUUUAAUCUUCCCGUGAUUUCUAAUGGCCAUGGUUCUUCUACAUAUCUUCUUAGACAGGUAAGAACUGUACGAAAAUAAUGUUGUUGCUUACCUUGUAGGAAGAAAGAACACUGUACAUUGUGUAGCUCUCAAGGUUUAUUAUACAUAGAAUAUAGCAAAAGCUGGGAGCUUCAGCUAGUGAAUACCUCUGAUGAUAUAUAUAUAUAUAUAUAUGAAUAUAAUGCGACUGUACGAACAAAUCUUGGCAUGUAAAGAGCUCUUUAUGUAUAA